GUAGACGAUCUUUCUGGACCCCGGGCGGCAGUCGGGAGCCACCCACACGAUGGGCUCGGAGGCAGCACAACUGCUGGAGGCUGCUGACUUCGCCGCUCGAAAACACCGACAGCAGCGACGGAAGGAUCCCGAAGGGACCCCCUACAUCAACCACCCCAUCGGUGUGGCCCGGAUCCUAACCCAUGAGGCGGGAAUCACUGACAUUGUGGUGUUACAGGCGGCCCUGCUCCAUGACACAGUUGAAGACACAGAUACCACCCUGGAAGAGGUGGAGCUACACUUUGGAGCACAGGUGCGUCACCUGGUGGAGGAGGUAACCGACGACAAGACUCUGCCCAAACUGGAAAGAAAGAGGCUACAGGUGGAGCAGGCACCCCACAGCAGCCCAGAGGCCAAACUGGUGAAGCUGGCAGACAAGCUGUACAAUUUAAGGGACCUGAAUCGCUGCACCCCUCUGGGAUGGUCAGAACAUCGAGUACAAGAAUACUUUGAGUGGGCAGCACAGGUGGUGAAGGGGCUUCAAGGAACAAACCAGCAACUGGAAGAGGCCCUAAAGCAGCUGUUCAAGGAGCAUGGGCUGACCCUCUGAGCUGUGCUUGAUGCCAUCCCUAGGCACAGGCUCCAGCAAGGCACAGGCAAGAUGAGAUUCUUAAUGUGGUGUUUCAGUCAUCCCCAUCUCCUGCCCUCCUCACUCAACCCAGACAUCAAAGGCUAAAAACUUGUGUUUUCUCACUCAGCUGAGCCCCAAAUAUAGGACUCAGAUGUAUCCCAUCCAUCCAUGCAUUCACUGCCUUUCCUCAAGUAUUGAAUCUGUUAUUUUGCAUGGUGGAAUCUCUGGCCCCUCUGGUUUAUAAAUCAUUGUGAAAAAUAAAGGAUUUAAGUCACUGUUCCUUA